CAAAGAAGUUUCACUAACCGGGCAACUUGAUCACAGCCCGUACCACAAGACUGUGCAGCAACAUCACUGGGUUUAACAAACUGUGCCACAAGAUUGAGAAUGACUUCUUUAAAUUCGAAUGAAGCUGCCAGGCCCGUUUCUAAUGCCAACACAUCAGGAGGCUUAUCGGACGAGAAAGCUUUCCCUCAAGUUCAUGAAACAGUGCCCGACUCAACCCCCCAUUUUCUUGCCGAUGCUGGGAUAAGUAAAACGGAUUUCAUCAAUACAGAGUCCGCACCGCAAACACCGGAAGAUAUCCUGCCAAGGGACAUACAACUCAAGACGCCAACUUAUGACUAUGCCUUCGAGAAGUCGAUGAGCCAUACUGAAGCGAAGCUGUUUUAUCAACAUCACCAGCUCGCCAGUCGGAGCGUCGGAGACAGCGACCAAUCUACCAAAUCAGCCGCAGCAGCGGCCAUAUAUGCACCGACUAUCCAAACAGAAAGGGACUCUGCUGACACGGCAAGUAGCCCCAGAGAUCUCAUUCAAUCGACGGGUCCAGAAAUAGCCAGAGUUCCAUCUCCAAUUACUCGGCAACCAAACUUGAUAGCAGACCUCGCGGAUACAUCCUUUGUUGAUUCGAUUGCAGGAGAACUGCACAAUCAGCGUUUUUCCGAAGCACAUUCUAUGCUCCAAUCUUUCGAUGAGCCGCACACAUUAUCAGGGACAAACAAUUUGGGAAAUCCGGGAGAUGGACUUGGGGCUGUCCAAGGUAUCAUGCACAUUUCACCAGGCGCAAAUGUGAUAGCCUCAGACCUGGAUGUCAUUUGCCGUAAGAUAAAGAGGCUGCUCGAUCGCAGAGCCGAAUAUAUGCAGUUAUCAUUGCAAGGGCCUGACAACAACCCAAAGGAUGCCCCGGGUUGGCAGAUCUAUCCUCCUCCUCCAGAGCCGGCCUGGGACGAUGACAAGGAUCUUGGGAUGAUCAACGAUCGCCCACGUGCUGACCAUAAAAGAAGAAAGAUGGGUGAAGAUGUGGGAGAGGAUUUCGAUAUGUCCGACUGCCUGCCUCUUCCCGGAGGAUCUGAUUGGGUCUUUGAGCUGGAUGAGAAUAGCGUAUAUCAAGUCUAUGCGAGUGACGAGGCUCUGCAAUCACGAAGACCAGUGGUCAAGAUCCCUUCCUUGAGAGACUUCUACAUGGACCUUGAUGCAGUCACAGAUAUAUCGACGGACGGUCCUGCGAAAAGUUUUGCAUUCAAGCGACUUUCUUACUUGGAAGGAAAAUUCCAACUGUAUACACUUCUAAAUGAGUAUCAAGAAAUAGCCGACAGCAAGAAAGUGCCUCAUAGGGAUUUUUAUAACGUUCGGAAAGUCGACACGCAUGUGCAUCAUUCUGCAUGCAUGAACCAAAAGCAUCUCCUUCGUUUCAUUAAGAGCAAGAUGAAGAAGUCACCAGACGAGGUCGUAUUGUUCAGGGAUGGGAAACAUCUAACACUAAGGGAGGUCUUCGAAAGCAUCAAUCUCACAGCUUAUGACCUCAGCAUCGACACACUUGAUAUGCACGCGCAUACCGAUUCUUUUCACCGCUUCGACAAAUUCAACCUCAAGUAUAAUCCUGUUGGCGAAUCCCGCCUGCGCGAGAUCUUUUUAAAAACCGACAAUUUCAUCAAAGGACGUUAUCUGGCUGAAAUCACAAAAGAAGUGAUCUCCGACCUGGAAUCAAGCAAAUAUCAAAUGGUGGAGUGGCGCAUCUCUAUAUACGGGAGAUCAAUCGAAGAAUGGGACAAGCUUGCUGCCUGGGUUGUGGACAACAAAUUAUUUUCCCCCAAUGUUCGCUGGCUCAUUCAAGUGCCUCGUCUCUACGACGUAUAUAAGUCGAGCGGGAUGAUGGAGAACUUCGAGCAGGUGAUAACGAAUGUCUUCAAGCCGCUAUUUGAAGUCACUAAAGACCCAGCUUCACACCCUAAGCUACACAUCUUCCUACAGCGGGUCGUUGGAUUCGACAGUGUUGACGAUGAAAGCAAAGCUGAGAGACGGCUGUAUCGAAAGUAUCCUAUCCCGAGAGAAUGGAGCACGAAGCAGAAUCCACCUUACAGCUACUGGCUCUAUUUCAUGUUCGCCAACAUCGCGUCUUUGAACAUUUGGCGCAAGAAGCUGGGUUUCAACACAUUCGUCUUGAGGCCACAUUGUGGUGAAGCCGGUGAUCCAGAUCAUCUUGCCGUUGGUUUUCUCUGUUGCCACAGCAUCAGCCAUGGUAUUCUAUUGAGAAAGGUUCCUUUGCUACAGUAUCUGUUCUACCUCGAUCAGAUAGGGAUUGCGAUGUCGCCUCUCAGCAACAACGCACUGUUUUUGACUUACGAUAAGAAUCCCUGCGCCAACUUCUUCAAAAGGGGUCUUAAUGUCUCGUUGUCUACUGAUGAUCCCUUGCAAUUCGCCUUCACCAAAGAACCACUGAUCGAAGAGUAUUCGGUAGCCGCGCAAAUCUACAAGUUCAGUGCUGUCGACAUGUGCGAGCUUGCAAAAAAUUCCGUCGAGCAAAGCGGUUUCGAGCUUUCCUUGAAGAAGAGAUGGCUCGGCAGCAAGUGCUCUUCACCAGGAGUUAUGGGAAAUAAUGUCGCAAAGAGCAACGUUCCUGACAUUCGUGAACAAUUUAGGCAUGAAACACUGCUUGGGGAACUCGCGCUGUAGGUUUUGGCUAGAUGGGGAAUGCCUCGCUGGUCCUUCCGCAUUCAUACAUCGAUUUGAACUGACGUUUACCAGAAUCAAUCGAUAUUGCGCGAGAUCGACUGAUGAAUUAACACACAAAUCAAAUCCGGCG